AUGGCAGACGCGGAUUUCCCCCAGUUCUCCACCUUCAAAGACUGCCUCGCCCAACGUAUCCUCGCUGAACCCGGUGUGCUGAACCCUGCAGGCUCUCCGGACGACCCCGACGGCUCACCCAGCGGAGAUUCUGACGCCCUCGACGACUUCACCUCCUAUCUCGCCGAGGAGAUCUGGCCCGCCCUCCCCGCCUCCCUCCGCACCGCGACGCACGAGACGCGCGACGCCGUGCCCGACCCGGACGCCGUCCCGCUGGACUCGAUCCCGGGCGCCGUCGGGGACACCCUCGUCUCAUGCGGGCUCGUCCCCCCGGCGGCGCCCGGUGACGCCGCCGACCCGCACGUGGACCCGGAGGACGCGCCGCUCGCGCGGUUCCUGCGCAAGGUCCUCCGGGACUACGCCGCGGAGGCGUGCGCGCCGCCGCCGGUGUGGUCGCGCACGCGCGCGGCGGAGUGCGAGAUCUGCGGGCGGGCGGUGCCGCUGACGUACCACCACCUGGUGCCGCGGUCGGUGCACACGAAGGCGCGGAAGAGGAAGUGGCACGCGGAGGGGAUGCUGAACGCCGUCGCGUGGUUGUGCAGGCCGUGCCAUUCCGCGGUGCACGGGGUGGUGGCGAGCAACGAGGCGCUUGCGCGGGAGUAUUACACGGUGGAGCUGCUGCUGCAGCGGGAGGAUAUACAGAAGUGGCGGAAGUACGCGGCGAAGCAGCGCUGGGGCAUCAAGCGAGUAUGA